AUGGUGUCGCUUCUGAAAGUGACCUCAUUCAUGGCUGGGGCAGAAGCCAACUGUACCAUGGUCCAGAAAACACAAGUAAUUUAUGUAUGUUGCUUUUUUCUCCUUUUCUCCGUAGAUGGAUGGAGAAAACGAUGGGUGGAAUCUAAACAUCAGCCAGAUUAUGGUAAAUUUCAGCUCAGUGCAGGAAAAUUUUAUGAAGACAAAGAAAAAGAUAAAGGUCUGCAGACCAGCGAAGAUGCCAAGUUUUAUGCCCUCUCAACCAGGUUUAAGCCGUUCAGCAAUGAGAAUGAGAUCUUGGUGGUUCAGUUUUCAGUAAAACACCAGCAAGGCAUCGAUUGUGGUGGCGGAUAUGUGAAGCUCUUUCCUGCCACCCUGAACCAGGAGGAUAUGCAUUCGGAAUCUGAGUAUUACGUCAUGUUUGGCCCUGACAUAUGUGGUUUUGGCAACAACAAAGUAAAAGUCAUUCUUCAUUACCAAGGGAAAUACCAUGAGAACAAAAAGACCAUCAAGUGCAAGAUCAAUAAAGACACUCACCUAUACACUCUGAUAAUUCGCCCCAAUGCUACUUAUGAAGUCAAAAUUGACAACCAGCAAGUGGCAACUGGGAAUCUGGAGGACGACUGGGACUUCUUGCCUCCCAAGAAAAUAAAAGAUCCCUAUGCCUGGAAACCAAGGAAAUGGGAUGAACGCCUGCAAAUAGAGGAUCCUGAAGAUAAGAAACCUAAGGACUGGGAGGACUUUGAGUACAUCCCAGACCCUGAGGCCAAGAAGCCGGAUGACUGGAAUGAAGUGAUGGAUGGGGAAUGGGAAGGGCCCCUGAUGCCAAACCCAAAGUAUAAGGGACAAUGGAAACCUCGGAUCAUUGACAAUCCUAGUUAUCAAGGGGAGUGGAUUCAUCCAGAAAUAGACAACCCUGAAUAUAAGCCUGACCCUGCCAUCUGUCACUAUUAUAACAUCAGUGUUCUCGGCCUGGACCUUUGGCAGGUAAAAUCAGGCAGCAUCUUUGACAAUUUCCUUCUUACAAAUGAUGAAGAGUUUGCUGAAGAGGUUGGAAAUAAGACCUGGGGAAUAAGAAAAGACCUGGAGAAGCAAUGGAGAGAACUGUAUGAAGAAAUGGAAAAAAGAAAACAGGAAGAAGAGGCAAAGAAGAAAAUGGAAAAGGAGGAGGAAGAGGAAGAUGACAUCUGGGGAACUGAAGAAGAGGAAAUUGAAGAGGAUCCUUCUGAGGAAUCAGGAAAUGACAGGCAGAUGCAGGAGGAUGAUGCUGGAAGAGCAUUUCUGGGUAAAAAUAAUGAAGUCCUUGUUGAACAGAAAGAUGAACUCUAA